UUAUCCGGUCUUAUAAGUUUUUAAUAUUUUCUAUUUAAUUUAAUCCUUUCCUUUCUCUACUAUUCUGUUGAAUUGAAGAAAGUUCAAAAUAUUAUGACCGAAAUGUUUUUGUGAUUUUUCAAACGUAAUUCUGCAUAUUAAUUUAUAAUAUCUUUUACGCUCCGCAUUUCUGGCUCUUAGUCUUUUUUAUCGUGGUUUGUUCUUGAAGAAUCGCACGUUAUAUUAAUUAUAUAGAAAAUUGUAUGCAACUUGAAACGUUAAAUUAUUCUAGAAGUACUUUUAGAGACAUUUGUUAAAUAAAUUUUCUCGUCACAUGAGUAAAUAUCAGCUCGAGAGUCAUCAUUAGUUACGCCAUUGGCCGAUAUACAACAAAUUUAUAGUAGUCAGGAUAGUCUGGUUGUCACGUAAGAGGGUGGUGAGAUCAUGGGGGGGGAGGGAUAACAUUGUUCCGGUAGUAGGGAACAGUGCCGUCUGAAGAAUUUUCAACUUGCCUAUAUUCGAAGUGAGAUAUUUAGUUUACACAUGUAAUGUUUCGUGAAUAAUAAUACGAAUUCUGUCUGUUAAAAAAUUGUGCGUGCUUGUUAUCAGCAGUGACUUGUCUGCUGUUACAAGAAACGAUUAAUAAGAGGUGGAAACUUAAACACUCAUUAAAAUUAAGUUACUAUAUAUUUUGAAGUUGUGUUUGCUUCCUGUAUUUUGUCGAUAAAAUCAAGUUUGUAUUUUUCUAUUCCAAAUUCAUUUUCUGUAAAAAAAACCCGAACAAAAUUAGAUGAAGAAAUGUGAAUGUAUUCGAAUUGUGACUUGGUUGCAUGCACCAGAUUUCCUGCGGAUUACCAAGUCGACCAGUUCAUGCCGGUACUGGUUUGGAGAACCGCUCGCUCGCGUUUUGCGGCUUUCUCCCGACGCGACCAGUCUCGGUACGGCCGCCUUUACGAGUCUUUCAGUUGAGGACACAUGUCCCUGAAAAUGCGCAUUGAAAAGUUAAUCGUAUCGAUAAACCGUGACAUACAUCGUAAAUUUGGACUAUGCUGUUAGGUGAAGGAAUUAUAUCGCGCGUUUGUGCGUGUGCUGUUAAGCAAUUUCGAGUGAUUCAAGAUUUUCGUGUUGAAAAUGUCGGGAACUUAGGACAGAAGAUGGGAACGUUGAUUGCGUGAGAGAUUAAAGUGAUAAGCGAAUAUGUAUAGUUGAUGGCGUAUUUUCCAAAGUGUAAAAUUGCAUAAAUCACAUGUACUUACCGUUUUAAUCGUAACAACUGUGAAAUAUAACAAUUCUUCGCUGAAAUUAUACCGCCUUCUUAAAACAUUUUAACGUGCUACACAAGGUGCCAUUUUGAACGUUGUACCGUAACAAAUGAUCUCGUUGUAAAGUAAAUUCCGCCGGACAGAGUAUCAUUACGCUGACGAUGAUCCGCUAUAGCUAGUGCUCAACGAUCUUUGCAGUAUGUGACAUCGGCAAGAAGGUAGACUCUUUGUGCGAUAGCUCGUUCGGAGUAUUCUAGAAAGAUAGUGUUGUGUAGUUUCGUGCUUUUAGUUUGUGAAUUUUGUGCAAAACAAACUGUCCGACCUUUUUACACGGAUUAAAAAAUUACUUUCGCAAGCGAUGCCUUUUGGAUAAGCGUAUAUGGCUGAUGCGCGAUUGGAAUGGCAGAAAAGUUGCGCGAGGCGACUGCUCGUGGCGACGUUGCUCGAGUCACACGUUUACUCGACGAAAACAUUAAACCAUUGCCAGACGAAAAUGGCCGGGGGCCGCUGUUGCUGGCCGCAGCAGGUGGCCAUGUGGAAGUGUGCGAGAUCCUGUUGCUGCAGGGCGUCGACGUUAGUGCAGCGGACAACCAUGGAAACUCGGCGCUACACGAGGCAUCAUGGCGUGGCUAUAGUCGCACCGUGGCGGUUCUGGCGAAGGCCCUCGGGACCCAACGAGCCCCACUGCAUGCCAGGAAUCUCGCCGGAUUUGCACCACUUCACCUUGCCUGUCAAAACGGCCAUAAUCAAAGCUGUCGAGAACUCCUCCUAGCCGGCAGCAAUCCCGAUCUACAGAACAACUAUGGCGAUACACCACUUCACACUUCCGCACGUUAUGGCCAUGCCGGUGUAACUCGCAUAUUAAUCUCAGCUCUGUGCAGAGUGUCUGAUCAAAAUAAAAAUGGCGAUACUGCCUUGCACAUAGCCGCAGCGAUGGGUCGUCGAAAGUUGACGCGAAUUCUUUUGGAAGCCGGUUGUGAUCGAAGUCUACGAAACAAACAAAACGAAACGGCGAAGGACAUCGCGCGUCGCAAGAAUCAUAAUGAAAUCCUGGAUAUUAUCUCUAAGGCUCGCGGUAAAAGCCGGACGCGUAGCAAAAGCCGCGAAAGAGACUCGAUAGAUGGAAAAAUAGACGACGGUAAGGCGAUUAAGUCGGAAAAAAAGCGAGAAAAAACUGAAAGCGGCACGAGCGGUGGCGGCGGGAGUAGCUCGAAGAAAGACCGAAAGAAACACAAGUCCAGCAGUAAGCAGCACAAAGUUCGCUUUGAAAAAGCCAUCAUGGGCCGGCAAUGGUCUCCUUACGGCUGUCACUACUAUCCGGACCCGGAAGCGUUUCCUCAGCCCCGUCUGGAUUCUCUGCCAUCUGAUCCUUUAGGACGGGGCGAGCAAUAUUAUCUGGACCUGGCGGGCAACAUAAGAAAAGGCCCGGUGGGUGUGGGAUACACGUGCUAUUGCGCACCGUUCUUCCGACAUAUGGAGGCCAAGCUCGAACGAGACAAGGCCGAGUUGAAAGCACACAUCGAUCAGGCUCACGAGAGACUCGACUUGAAAGUGGCGAAUUUAGAGAGGAAGACCAGGGGACAAAUCUCGGAGUUGACCAAGUGCGUUCAAGAAGAGCGAUUCAAAUGCGACGAAAGGUACUCGCAUCUCCAGCAACGUCUGCAUCGAGGGGCGCGAGGUAGAUAUAGCGAAAGGCCGAUGAAAACUAAUUACAAUCAAUCGGAAGUGGUGCUACCGACCAGAACAAGAUCGCUGGAAGAUCUGUUGGACGACCGGCCGCAGGAUCGUAGUUUCGAAAUUCCAGGUGAAACCCCGGUUCACCGCGGAAGUUUGGAUGAUCUGGAUAUACCGGCUAUACCUAGACUCAGUACAUCCAUGAGAGACUUGCCGUCGGGGUCUGGUGUUGCCAGAUCGACACUCAGAGUGUUGGAUAUUCCUCCGAGAUUGAACGAAACGUUCGACGGAGUCAUCAGACAAAGCGAAACCUUGCCUUUAGACAGAGAAUUAUCUUCUGUGGAGGGCAGACGCCAGCAAAGGAAUAUGAACAUGUCUUCGGAUGCAAAUAAGGCCCGAAAGAUCGGGGAUGAAACUACGAUGGACUGGAAUGGUGGUCGUUGCAGCGUGCAUGAGAUAAUUAAGCGGUUUCAACAAGUACCUGAUAUGCAUAGUGGCUGGCGAAGAAUUCGUUCCGGCAAUAGCGAAGCGACCAGCCUGGACGGACACACUAAGUGCUCGCAAAAUCAGAGAGUACAUUCUCAAGAUAUCAAUGUUAUAGACAACGACAGCGAAAGUAGUGAAGCAGAAGAUGACGAUGCCGAACAACCCGAAGCAUAUAAAGGAACAAACUGCCGACAAAGUAUACCCGAAGUCGUGCAUUAUGACGACAGUAUCGCGAGAAUGCCUUACAGAUCACGUAAUCCUGUAUACAGUCCGACACCACCUCUGCACGAUACUCAUAACGAUUCUGGAUACAGCACUCGCAUGUACGGCUCUAGCAAAGGCGCAUCGCCUUCGUUGUCAGGUCAACUGGAAUGCGAUGUGAUCUUACCACCUUCGACGGGAUCAUUCACAAGUAGAGAACAACUAGCCGCCUUAUUGGAGCAGCCAAGGGGACACGAUUUAACAGUUUACGAGCGAAAUGCUGAUAAUGUCGUUAUUAACAUCGGUACCGCCAGUUUGGUUUAGCGCAACUGGCACUAUAGUUUCGGCAGAAAAUAGCAUAGCCUUUAAAAUACAGUUGUAUUGUGUACAUAAAAUAUGCAAGCUGCUCCAAAAUGUUGAAGCAAUGACUGUUUUAUUAUUAUUAUUAUCGUUAUAAGUGACAUAUCCGUCCGCGUUGCCAUGACUUUAUUUUACAAAAGUAGAAAUAAACAUUUAAUGAGAGCAGCAAUAUUUAUUAUUUGUGUAUUAUAUGUGAAUUGUAAAGGUAAAUAUGUAUAACAAGUGAUUAUUGAAACGUUUGAUUGAUAAAAAACAGCAGCAAAUUUAACCGACAUUUAUAGCUAACAAUAAAUCAUUUUAUGCACUAUAAUUUCAACUUCUGUUAUUUUUGAUACUUACUUAUUUAUGUCGUUCUUAUAUCCAUAUACACAGCUGCAGUAAAUUUUAUCAAUAGUUGCGUGCACAUCAUCCAUUUAUUUUCAUAUGUCUUAUAUAAUUUUUGCAUUU